GUAUAUUUUGAUUUAUUUAUAGAAUGAUGUUGUUGUUGUUAAACUUCGAUAAGUGGAAACAUUAGAAAUAUUAGUAUUAGUUGGUCAUCCCGCUUUUGUUUCUUAGGGAAGGUAAACACAAGCGCACACACCGGAAUUUGUUGUCAUUACACUACAGCUUCUUGUGGCACAAUGAGCAAUGUCUCGAGCCUUUCCUUUCUCUAAUAUUUUUUGACACAUCAAAAUAACUCUGGAGGAGGCCAUUGCCUUGCUGGAACUAUAUCUGGUUGUAAUGAUUAUCUCAUUCUCCUGGGCUAUAUAUUUUAUAUUCGUGUCGAAACCGUUGUUGGGCAAAAACUAGCUCACCAGCGUUAGCCAUGGCUCGAUGACAUUCAAUUUACGUCGAGGGAUUGAACAAUCCGUAAUCAGAAAAUGGAUUACUCAAAAUUUCUGGACGAUGAUUUUGACGUGAAAGACUGGGUGAAUGGCGCUUUUAAGGUGGUGCAGAACGAUGCACCUGGGAAAGUGGAUACACAUGCUGCGACGUUGGUUAUGAAGCUACAGCUUUUCAUCCAGGAAGUCAACAAUGCAAUUGAGGAGACCAGCAACCAGGCCCUGCAAAACAUGCCCAGAGUAUUGCGAGAUGUGGAGGCACUGAAACAGGAAGCGUCUUUCCUUAAGGAGCAAAUGGUUCUGGUUAAAGAGGACAUCAAGAAAUUUGAACAAGAUACAGUGCAAUCCAUGCAGGUCCUGGUGGAGAUCGAUCAAGUAAAGAGUCGAAUGCAGCUGGCAGCAGAGGCACUACAGGAGGCAGAUAAAUGGAGCACACUCAGUGCAGACAUCGAGGAGAUUUUCAAAUCACAAGAUCUCGCAGCCAUCUCAUUCAAGCUCACCAGCAUGCAGAAUAGUCUGGCCAUGCUGGUGGACACACCAGACUACUCUGAAAAGUGUGUCCACCUAGAGGCGCUUAAAAACAGGCUGGAGGCCCUAGCAAGCCCCCAAAUAGUGGCAGCAUUUAAUUCCAUGUCUGUAGACCAAGCAAAACUGUUUGUCAAAGUCUUCUCGGAGAUUGACAGAAUGCCACAGCUCCUUGCGUAUUACUACAAGUGUCAUAAGGCACAGAUGGUGAAUAUGUGGCAGGACCUAUCUCAGAGCGAGCUUAACCUGAACCAACAGCUUUCAGAAUUCUACGACACUUUGUUGUCCACGUGGCACGCUCAGCUGCAGUGGUGCAGUCAGGUGUUCAAGAACCCUCAUGAAGUGGUGACAGUGUUACUAAUCCAAAUUCUGGGCGCCAUGGUGCCCUCCAUCCCCAUGUGCCUUAGCACGUGUAUGGAUCGGGUGGCCCAAGAGGAACGCCUCGACACCUUGCUGGAGCUCAACAACACCACGCUCACCUUGGGACACAACUUAGAGGCUGCCAUGAUGCCACACAUCUGCGAAAAUAACCUUCUGAAGGUGAACGAGUUCGUGUGUGCGUUAUAUGACCCAUAUAAGACUUACCAGUUACAGUAUGGAGAAUUGGAAGAAAAUCACCUCCUCAUCCAGAUCAGUGCUGUUCCCUUGGAGCACGGAGAGGUCAUUGAUUGUGUGGAAGAACUGAAGCACUCAGUGGGGAAGCUUUUUGGCCUGGCGAAUGCUGCCGUGGAGCGCUGUGUAAAACUGACCGACGGGCUGGGCGUGUGCGGCCUCCUCAAGGCACUUAAAGCCCUCUUCACCAAGUAUGUGUCCGACUUCUCAACUACAUUGCAGUCAAUCAGAAAGAAGUGUAAACUGGAGGACACGCCAAGUUCUUCUGUUUUCCAGGAGGACUGGACUGCUUUUCAGAACUCAGUCAGAAUCAUUGCCACUUGUGGGGAGUUACUGAGACAAUGUGGCACCUUUGAGCAGCAGCUGUCAAACAAAAUCAUGGGCACGGCAGGCAAGUACCUAUCGGACUCGUACAGCCCUCGCACCCUAGCGGGCAUCCAGGAGGCCAGCGCUGCAGACAGGAAGAAAAAUCCAUGGCAGGAGUACAACUACCUUCAAAGGGGAAGCAUGCCCGAAUACAACGGUCUCAUGGAAUUGCUCUACUCUUUAAAGGAGAAGGGCGCCGGUAAUUCCAACCUCCUAGCUGAGCCGAGAGCGGCGCUGACCCGACUCAACCAGCAGGCCCAUCAGCUGGCCUUUGAUUCGGUCUUUUUACAGAUUAAACACCAGCUGGCCCCCGUCACCAAAAUGGAGAGUCAAGAGUCACCAGGUUUAGGAGAAAGCUACGCUGAAGACUUGCCGUCAUUCAGCCUAUCGCCACAAGAGUACAUUACAAAUAUAGGUCAGUACUUGAUGUCACUGCCGCUCCACUUGGAACCAUUUGUGACACAAGAAGAUCCGGCGCUAGAGUUGGCUUUGCAUGCUGGGAAGUUACCUUUUCCUCCAGAGCAAGGCGAUGACCUUCCGGAGUUGGACAACACAGCUGACUACUGGCUGGGCUCCAUCGCUCGGGCAACUAUGCAGACGUACUGUGAUGCUAUCCUGCUCAUCCCUAAAUUAAGUGCGCGUUCAACCAAGCAGCUGGCCACAGAUAUAGACUAUUUGAGCAAUGUGAUGGAUGCUCUGGGCUUGCAGCCGUCUCGCACUCUCCAGCAGGUGGUCACUCUGUUAAGGGCCAAACCAGAAGACUACAGACAAACAGCCAAACAGAUGCCUCGCCGACUCACAUCUACCAUCGCUGCUAUCCGUUCUCUUGACUACUAAAAAAAAUAGUGAUUUUUGAAACCCUCCUACACACAUUUACAGUCCUAUAUGUCCAAUGAGGUGAUGGUUUGUAUAUCAGUGUCUUUUCUUUUACAAAAGGAAAGAUGAAUGUCAAAACUGCAUUAUACGUGAUCAGGGUAUACGAAAGAGCAUUUAAAAUUUAUCUGAUCAUUUUCUUAUAACGGUAAUAUUAUGUUGCUAAUUUUAUUUAAGGUGACCAACUGUGUUUACUGAGCUUCAUAUUCUGAGCAGUCGUUAUUUUUCAUUGUGCGAUUUUCAAGCAUAUUUUAAAGUAUACUGUAAAUGUGUAUAUAAAACAUUUACACAUUA